AUGGCUCAUAGGCCGCGCGACGUGCUUUCCAAGGUCAAGCCCGAUGCACUUAAGGAACUCAGGGCCGACAACGACCUCGUUAUCGUGCCUGCGGACAAGGGGUCUUCCACGGUCGUAUUGGAGAGGACAGACUACAGUCAGAAAGUCAAAAGUUUUUUGGAGGAUCGUCAGUCCUAUGUCGCAUGCGAAUACAACCCCAUAAAAACGCUGACACGCGAGAUUAACGCGACACUGUUGGCAAUGGAGAACUCGGGUGCAAUAUCGCCAAUCGACCGACGCAUGGCGAGAGCACAAGAAACGGCCCUAGCCCGAUUCUACGGUCUCCCAAAAGUACACAAAGAGGACACUUCUCUCUGGCUUAUCGUAUCCCUAAAGGGCACUCUAACCUACGGUCUGGCAAAGUGGCUGAUUCGACGUCUCAAGUUUCUGACCUCCGAUUCGAAAACCAUAGUCAGCUCGUCAACGCUAUUCUUGGAGAAACUUAAAGGGGUAAGUCUCCUGCCAAGCGAUUUCAUGGUUACCUUUGAUGUCACGUCCCUUUUUACUUCUAUCCCGCAGGACCUGGCAGUCGAGACCAUCGAACUACUCCUACGAAAGAAAUACGACGAAACGGAGAAUCGCCUCGGACACGCACAAAUCAUUCAGGUCCUGAAGUUCUGUCGCAAGACGUACUUUACGUUCGACGGAACAAUCUACGAGCAGGUGACGGGAACGCCAAUGGAUUCGCCGAUUUCGGGACUCAUAGUCGAGGCGGUCCUACAACGGUUGGAGUCGCUGGUUUUCUGA